GUGGACGGUCUGAAAGGAACAGCGCGGAUUUGGCUACGGUCUCGCGGCUCGGGAGCCCGGAAUGGCCUCCUCACGAGCUUCGUCCACGGCAACCAAAACCAAAGCACCUGAUGAUUUAGUCGCUCCUGUUGUGAAGAAACCACACAUCUAUUAUGGAAGCUUGGAAGAGAAAGAGAGGGAACGACUGGCCAAAGGAGAGUCUGGGAUUUUGGGAAAAGAAGGACUCAAAGCAGGCAUUGAAGCAGGAAAUAUAAAUAUAACCUCUGGAGAAGUAUUUGAAAUUGAGGAGCACAUCAGUGAGCGGCAGGCUGAAGUCUUGGCAGAGUUUGAAAGAAGAAAGCGAGCUCGGCAAAUCAAUGUUUCCACGGAUGAUUCGGAGGUCAAAGCUUCCCUCAGAACCUUGGGAGAACCUAUUACACUUUUUGGAGAGGGCCCUGCUGAACGAAGAGAAAGGUUAAGAAAUAUCCUCUCAGUGGUUGGGACUGAUGCCUUGAAAAAGACGAAGAGAGAUGAUGAGAGAUCUAAGAAGUCAAAAGAGGAGUAUCAGCAAACGUGGUACCAUGAAGGGCCAAAUAGCCUGAAGGUGGCCAGACUGUGGAUUGCUAAUUAUUCACUCCCAAGGGCAAUGAAACGCUUGGAGGAGGCCCGUCUCCAUAAGGAGAUUCCCGAGACAACCAGAACCUCCCAGAUGCAGGAGCUGCAUAAGUCUCUCCGGUCUUUGAAUAAUUUCUGCAGUCAGAUUGGAGAUGAUCGGCCAAUCUCUUACUGUCACUUUAGUCCCAACUCCAAAAUGCUAGCCACGGCUUGUUGGAGUGGACUCUGCAAGCUCUGGUCUGUCCCCGACUGCAGUCUCCUUCAUACUCUCCGAGGUCAUAACACAAAUGUGGGAGCAAUUGUAUUCCAUCCCAAAUCCACUGUCUCAUUGGACCAAAAAGAUGUCAACUUGGCCUCUUGUGCAGCUGAUGGUUCUGUGAAGCUUUGGAGUCUUGACAGCGAUGAACCAGUGGCAGAUAUUGAAGGCCAUACAGUGCGAGUGGCUCGGGUAAUGUGGCAUCCUUCAGGGCGUUUCCUGGGCACAACCUGUUAUGACCGCUCGUGGCGCUUAUGGGAUUUAGAGGCUCAAGAGGAGAUCCUACAUCAGGAAGGCCACAGCAUGGGUGUGUAUGACAUUGCCUUCCAUCAAGAUGGCUCUUUGGCUGGCACUGGGGGACUGGAUGCAUUUGGUCGAGUUUGGGACCUACGCACAGGACGUUGCAUUAUGUUUCUAGAAGGCCACCUGAAGGAAAUCUAUGGGAUAAAUUUCUCCCCCAAUGGCUACCACAUUGCAACUGGCAGUGGCGACAACACCUGCAAGGUGUGGGACCUUCGACAGCGGCGCUGUGUCUACACCAUCCCCGCCCACCAGAACUUAGUGACUGGUGUCAAGUUUGAGCCUAUCCAUGGAGACUUCCUGCUCACAGGUGCCUAUGACAACACAGCCAAGAUAUGGACCCACCCAGGCUGGUCCCCACUGAAGACUUUGGCUGGUCAUGAGGGCAAAGUGAUGGGCCUAGACAUUUCUUCAGAUGGGCAACUCAUAGCCACUUGCUCAUAUGACAGGACCUUCAAGCUCUGGAUGGCAGAGUAGGCCAGACCAUGGGAGGACUUGGACCUUGUGUUCUCACUGAGGAGCCAUUUUUCUCAAAGGAAAAGAACUGUGUUGUGUUCUAUCAUGUUUUCUGCCAAAUACCAUGUAUAGGAUUGGAUUUUCACAUCAGCCCCACUUCUGAGUAACCCAGUCUCUAGGUGAUGGCAAACCUUUCAUGGUUAGAACGCAAUUCUCGUCUCAGGUUCUGCCGAAAACUGUGUAGACAUUAUUUAGACUCAACACUUUUGAAUGCCCUUCCGCUUCCCUUAGCACUCAGGAUUGUGACUGUUCUUUCAUUUUUAUUUUUUUCUUAUUUGACAUUUUGAGACAGGGUCUGCUUAUGUAGCCCUGACUGUCCUGGAACUUGGUGUAUAUGUCAGGAAGUCUCACAUCGUCAGUGAUCCUCCUGCCUCUGCCUUUCAAGUGAUGGCGUUACAGAAGUGUGUUGCUGUGCCUGGCAGUUGCAUUUUUAAUGUUUGAACUUGGGUCUUUAUAACAUGAUGUGUGCUCUGGACUACAUGUGAUCCAGCAAGCAAGAUAGCUGGACUGUAUCUGAAAUGUCCCCAGUUAUAAGGCCUUGUCACUGGCAUUGGUGAGCAGUACCUGAUGGCAAGCUCCUCUCCUGCCCAAGAGACGAGCGGUAGACUGUGGCUCAGCAGUGAAGAUUUCCCUCUUGGCAUGGCACCCACAGAGGAUGCUAACUUCAUCGGGGAACUCAGAACUGAGCACUUGGCCUUCUUAGGGAGCACCUCUGAAGUUCGGCAUCCUUCCUGGUAGAGCAAAACAUUGUAUCCAGAUUCAAAGGAGUUUUUAGAAAACAAACCUGAUGUCUGUGUUGUACAGCCUCCUUCCUGUUGGUUAUUUAAAGGGUGUACUCUAUGUAUUAAAGGAUGCUUCAUGUCAAAGUAA